UCCUAGACGCGAAUGGAUCUUUUUCUCAUGGAUGUAUUAACUAUGGCUUAUUCUGCCUGAUAGCAGAUGUUGAAUUAGCUAGUGCUUAACAGCAAUUUAUAGAGACAAACAGCAAGUAUGUGUAUUGUCGAUAUAAUAAUAGCAACUUAAGAUAACUUUCUGACAACAGAUGUGGUAUAUAGCUACAUGUAAAAGUUAAAUGCCAGCGAGUCGCUGUCGUUUUAAAAUGGAUGCUAAUUAUGAUACAAUUAUGCUUGAGCUAAAUAAUGAAGUCAUAUUUGAUACUGAUGAAACUAAAGAAGAGCAGGAGAGUUUUUUGGUUCCCGAGAAGGACUCGGAUGAUAUUCCUCCAUCUCUGCUUAGCUACUUUGAAACUUCAAAGAGCAGAGCAGCAGUUUGUGAGAAGCUCAUCCUUGAGGAAAUUGAAGACUUCACUGCAUCACAUCACACUGAUGGCACGAUGAACUUGCCAUUUCAACUCGAUAAGGACAUGAGGAAACCAAAUGAGCAGGUCACUUGUGACACAGAAAAUGAAGAGAACAACACUUCCACUGACGCCUGCCUCCUUCCUGCACCCACAGAACCACUUUUCACUCACAAUGUGUCAGUGUGUCCCAACGAUGAAGUUGCAGAUGGAACAGAUGAAUACAUGGAGAGUGAGAAGCAUUUUGCAUUUGAAUACGAGGCAGAGCAAGAAAAACGACACUGUGAGAAGAAGGAGGAGGAAAGGAGACAAAUAGAAAGAGACUUCCAGAAGGAGCUGAAGAAGAUAAUGGAGGCAGAGAAGCUGCAUCAGAAGGAAUUUGAGUUGAUGGGGAAAAGAGCUCAGCAAAAACUUGAACAGGAGUUGCUGCUGCAACAGGAAGUGAUCAGCAACUUACAGAGACGAGUGGAGGAAGAGAGGAAGAUGAGGGAAGAGGAGCAGAAGAGGAUAAAGGAUGAGGAGGACAAGAGGAAAAGGGAAGAGGAGAAAAUCAAGAUAGAGCGUAAGGAAGAGGAAAAGAGGAGAAUGGAGAGGGAGGAAAAGAGGAAGAGAGAGGAAAGAAUCGAGAUCGAUUUGGAAAAGAAGAAGCUAGAGGAUGGGCUGAGAAUGACAAAGGAGAAAGAAGAGAGGAAAAGGGAGGAGGAGAAGAGGAAAAAGGAGAAGGAAAGAAAAGAGACAGAAGAGGCAAGGAAAAAGAUGGAGAAAGAGAAGAGAAAACUUGAGGAAGAAAUGAGCCUGAAGGAAGAGGAGGAGGAGAGCAAAAAGAGCAAUAAAGAAAACAUGAGAAUACAGGAGGAGGUGAGAAGAACUAAGGAGAUUGAGGAGAGAAAGAAGCAGGAUGAGAGGAGGACAAAUAAAGAAGAGCAGGAGGCUGAUGAUAGAAAAAAGAUGGCUCAGGAAAAGCUUAAUGAAGAGAUGAGGAGGAGGGGUAAAAGUAAACAUGAAAAUGAAGAUGAAGAAAUACAAUUUGUGGAGAGGCAAAAGAAGGAAGAAAAGGACGGGGAAAAGACGGAGGAGAAGAGGGAGGUGAAGGAAAAGGUAAGAGAAAAGGAAGGGGAAAACAGAAAACUUAAAGAAGAACUUGGACCCAUCGAAGAGGAUGAGGAGAGGAAAACGUACUAUGAAAAGAAAACAAAAGAGGAAGAACGGAAGAGGAAGCAGAGGGACGAAGUGUGUUCCAGAAUAAGGCUUAAAGAGGAUCAGGAGGGGUGUAAAGGCUCUGAUGUGUACAACAGAAAGUUGGAACACGAGAGCAAAGCAAAAGAAAAGAAACAGGAGGAGACGAGCAAAAGGGAGGAGGAGAUAAAAAAUGUGGAGGGAGAGAAGCAGGUGAAGGGAGAAUGUAUGGGAGAAACUAAGAAAGAGGUGCCCGAACAAACAGAAGAAGAAAUUAGACUCAAAGUAAAGGAGGGGAGCCAAAAGAGAGUGGUGCACGACAGGGAAAAGGACGAAAGAGCAAAUGAGCUGCAAGAGAAAAGAGAAAAUAACAGCACGAAUAAAGAUGAAACAGAAAACUCCCUGGUCUCACAACUACAAGACAGCACCACCUGGACUUCCUCAAGCCCUGGUCCUUCACACAGUGAGUCUACAGUCAGGCCCACCAGUACUGAAACCGUACCACAACAACAUGACCCAGAAGAGAACAUCAGUCAGACCUCCAUAGAUAAAACUGUGGACUGGGAAAAUCAAGCAGCAAGGCCUUCCCCUGUGUUUUUGCCCGUGUGCCUCCCAGUGCACACAGAGAACAAGAGGCUGUCAUGGAUGAAAGACUGCAUCCCCUGGUCCAAACUCUCCCUCCAGAACAAGAGGAAGCAGAAAGGAUCCGUUCGGAGUCGGAGAGGGCUGAGAGGCGCUGCCGAGGCCGGCAGUCUGCCACCUCUCUGCCCAGACACUUUGCUUCAGUUCACAGGCAGGAAAUCCCUGCGAGAGAUGACUACAGUGACCCUGGAGGACUUGCCUGGCUGUAGCUUAACCACUCUCGCUCAGUGUACUCAACUUCAGUCCCUCACCCUCAGACGCUGUGGCCUCAAAUCCCUGGAAGGCAUCAACCAGAUACCACAGCUCUGCUACGUCGAUGUACAGGAAAACGACAUCUCAUUUGUCAACUGUGAAAAUAUGACUAGUUUACGAGUUCUUCAACUCGGCCACAACAAGCUGACGUCCAUCCAUGGUUUAAGUGGUGCUGAAAAUUUGGACGUUCUAGACCUCUCACACAACUCCAUCACCCGCAUUGCUGGUCUGGAGUCUAUGAGGAGACUGCAGAGGUUGUCAUUGGAUCACAACCAGCUGAUCAGCACCAAAGGACUGAGGGAUGUGUUCACUCUCCUGCACCUGAACUGCUCACACAACCACCUGGCAAGUGUGGAGGGUCUGGAGAACAGCGCUCUGCUCAACACACUGGACCUGAGAGCCAACAGCCUCACUGAGCCCCCCAGUCUGAACAACCAGGUCCUCCUCAGAGAGCUGCAUCUAGACGACAACAGCAUUUCUUCCCUGCAGGGCCUCACUGCUUGCUGGCUCCCUCUCAUGCAACAUCUCUCUGUGGCCCAAAACCGAAUUACCCAGCUGCCCUCCAUGUCUGAUUCUGUGUCCCUUGCGAAUCUGGAUCUUCGAUUUAACUGCAUGUCAGAGCUCCAGAACGUGUGUGAAAGUCUGGAGGGAUGUCCAUCCCUGCGAGAGGUCCACCUCACAGGGAAUCCUCUUCAGCAGGAGAGUGGCUGGAGAUCCACUCUGCAGAAAGCAGUGCCUGGGCUGAGGGCCAUCGAUGACCAGGAGACAGACUCUUUUCUACCGCCCCGUGCUGUUCAACAGGUCAGCUUGGCUCCGGGCAGCUUCCUAGCGUUCUGCCAGGCUCAGCUUCAGCAGACUGGUGAUUUACAGCAGCAGCACAGCAGGGAGCUCAGUAAUGCCUCAUCUUCCCUUGAUGCUGUAAAGACCUCCUGCCGACACUUCGCUGAGGCUCUGCAGCUGGCUAAGGACCAGAGAUUUGCCCAUGAAUAUGGUAACACAACUGUGGCUGCCAAACACAGGGCUGCAAGCCAAACAAAACCUGAGGAAAGACUUGGACACAUGGACAGCACCAAUGCUGAGAAGUGUACUGAGUGCCCAGAAAUGGAAUCCACUGGAAAAGUCCAACCAGUUCUUCCAAACAGGGACAAUAUCAGAUACAAAUACUGGACUUUUGAGGAGAAGUUAGCUGCAGAGAGUCUGCAUUACUCAUUCGACACUGUUGCAAGAGGUCCAAAGACAGAGCCAACAAUUUGCAGAGCUAACUCUGGCAGUGUUCACUCCUCUGCAACAAACGGAAAACCAACUUCUUCCAAUAACGAAAUGGCACCUGUGUCCAACCAUCAAGACCUGGAUCUCCAAAACACAGCAGCAGUCGUGAUUCAGCAGCUGUGGAGGAAAUAUAGACUGAAAUGUGAGAACAUCAGCAGCCUUUCCACAGCUGAGAAAGGAGGUGGAAGUGGUAGAGAUGGAGGAAAGCCAGAGUCAGGACCUUCCUAUAUUAACGGGAGCAUUGUUGGCCAAGAUUACGCAGCAACUGUCAUCCAGGCGUUUUGGAGGGGCUUCACUCUGAGGAGGAGGCUCGCAUCUGCUCUGGCUGCUGUCACAUGCCCCGACACCGGAGAGGACGACACCUUUGAGGAGGUGGACAUGGAUGAAUGUGUUUUUGAUGAGGCAGCGCUGGAGAUUGACUGGACAUUGUCGCUUACUGAGGACCCACCUCCUAGACGUUACCCUGUGUCUGAGCAGCCACUGUUUCUGAAGCCUCCUGGGCACUUUCCUGAACCUUCCCAGUACAUACUCCCACCACCGCUUGUAUUGAGGCCAAAGCAGGCCUGGGUGCCCGGAGAACAGGUGGACUCUGCUGGACAGAGGCUUUCCCCAGAGAGCCCCAUCAGAGGCAAAUCUCCUGCUUCAACCUCAACGCUCAGCGGUCUCUCUGAAAGAUCAGAAAAGAUUCUGGAAGAAUGGGGCUUCACCGACAGACACACAGCCCUUCUGAUGCUCAAGAGAGCCCAGAAGAUGAAGUCAACGAAGCAACAGCAGAAGAAACGUAGGGAUCCAUCUGUCCGUCUUGCCUUGUUCAGAAACUGCAGUCCCCAGCUUGGUCCAGUGGAGGCACGAAACAUGCCAGCACAACACAACAGGAAUUAUUUAAGAGUUGGUGUGGCUGAGCUGGGCCUUCAGCAGGCAGAGAUGGUGGAGCGAGUGACGCAGGAGCGGGCUGAGCAGUGGCUGCGCACCCAGGCUGCUCACUCUGACAGGGACUCAGAGAGCGAGCAUUUCUUACCGGAGAUCAGCUCAGACAUUCUCAACGGUGGCAGAGUGCAGCUUGUGGCUGACCCAGGAUAUACAGAACGUCUACAUCAGGCCAGUGGAUUGUGGGCCAACAGCAGUUUAGCUGCCCAGCCUUGCAAAGAGAACAAUUAUCCUCGCAGAAACUCUUUGGGUCGUGCAAGAAAAGAGGUUCCAUCUCCUCAGCGAGUCACCUCAGCUCCGUCAAAAAAGGAGCGCAUCUCCUACCGAGACAACCCUGUCCAGUUGAGCGGCGGCUGGGGAGGGGGCAAGAAGAGGGACAAAGUGUACAAGUAAACCACUGACUCUUCUACUACCACGUCACCUUCUUUUGCUGGCCUCAUCCAACACCCAGAGCAACUUACAGACAGAUACAGUUGGUAUUUGUCCCUCUUCUAAUACGUAUCUGUAAAAAAAAAAUGCAGCAUUUUCAAACUACAGUACAGGCCAAAAGU